CAGUGCGGCCGUCAGUACCCAAUGCGACGCUUCCUCUGGAGUUCGCUCUGUUUCCCCUUCUGUCCGUGGCGUGUUGUAUUUUUGUGUGUGUGGUAUCUCUUAAAUCAUAGGCGGCCCGUGAACAUGAAUCGAGCUUUCAUUGGUGCUGCCGGUGGGCCGAAGUGAAUCGCUGGAUGGAAAAGUUCUCCAUUAGGCGGCUAAGAAGCUAAUCAUAAUCAUGCCUCUGACGGUCGGCGGACGGCUUGCUGGUAGAACCGCAACGAGCUUCUUUCUUCCGCUCGCCGCCUCCUUGGUGUUGUUGUCGGUCGGAGUCGCUGCUAUUCCGGAGGAGCAAAAGCCCGUGCAAGAACAGGCCACGAUUCUGAAGGCAUCCAGUUCUAACCUUGUGGUCCCGGUGGUGAAAGAAGAUGACUCCAGCAAAGCAAACCUGGGAUUUAUUCAUGCCUUUGUGGCCUCCAUCUCCGUCAUCAUUGUGUCAGAGUUGGGAGAUAAGACUUUCUUCAUUGCUGCCAUCAUGGCCAUGCGGUACAAUCGCCUCACGGUGCUGACGGGUGCCAUGCUGGCCCUUGGGCUCAUGACCUGCUUGUCUGUUCUGUUUGGCUACGCCACCACCAUCAUCCCCAGGAUCUACACAUACUACGUGUCCACCGCCCUUUUUGCCAUAUUUGGCGUACGCAUGCUGAGGGAGGGGCUUCGGAUGAGUCCCGACGAGGGCCAGGAGGAGCUGGAGGAGGUGCAGGCCGAGAUCAAGAAGAAGGACGAAGAGCUGCAGCGCUCCAAGCUGGUCAAUGGGGCUCCGGAUGUGGAGGCAGGGGCCGGCGCCACAUCGCCUCCAUCGUCCAAGUGGCACAGCGUCAUUUCACCUAUCUUCAUUCAGGCGCUCACUCUGACCUUCCUCGCAGAGUGGGGUGAUCGCUCACAGUUGACCACCAUCAUCCUGGCUGCCCGAGAGGAUCCGUUUGGAGUGGCUGUGGGAGGCACCCUGGGUCACUGCUUGUGUACAGGCCUGGCUGUUAUUGGUGGGAGGAUGAUUGCACAGAAGAUUUCGGUCAGGACAGUCACAAUCAUCGGGGGGAUCGUGUUCCUGGCCUUUGCCUUCUCCGCCCUCUUCAUCAAACCAGAUGCUGGACUGUGAGACACGGCAUCCUGAAAAGACUCUUUAGCGUGUACAUACGUGUUCAAGUGUACGUUAGUUGCUGUAGAGAGAUUGUCAACUGCUGUGGACAACGGUGUGGAGACGGAGCAGAAAGUGCCGUCCUUCCUUUCCACUCCCUCUUGGAGCUCAAAGCAUCAUGGGAAAUGUGUGAUGGAGAUGUACGACAUAGAGGCACAUGUUAUUUUUUGGGGUACUAAGCGCUUUGACCCACGUUAGAGGCCCAGUCCUUCCCUCACAGCCUUUUUCCUCUUCAUUUUAAACGUGUUACUCAACAGUGGCUUCUUUGGUGAUCUUUUACAUAGAUGUAAAUUGAACCUGUUUCCUUUAUUUCUGUUAUUCUUUGCGAUAUUGGACACAGAACAUUGAUAUUGUACAUAGAGCUCGCAUCACUCCAAUUUUAAUUUAAAAUGAUCUAUUUAUUUAGUGUCAUUUCCCAUUGUUUUAAAGCUGACAGAGGUUCAUAGAUUGGAGCGUGAGGGAGGUUGUGAGGAACAUGUAUUUUUUCAAAAUGUUUUACUGUAUGGGCUCAGCUGGGAAACCUUCACAACUCUGUUUGCAAUAAAUAAUGAUUGACCAGAUUGAAUGCCUUUUUAAGUGAAGAAAUGCUCAAUAAAAAGUUUUCUUUGUCUACCUAA